CAAAAAAUGUGACGUUUUGGUAAAGAAAUAAAUUUUUUUUUUUUGUUGUAGGAAAUGGAUAAAUAAAAUUAUUUGUGUAAAAAUUACUGAAGAUGUCGGACGAACAGAAAUUAUUUUUGAUUGAAUUUUUGGUUGACAAAGUAAACGUGCCGUCAGUACGGGCGAUGCAAGACGAAUUUAUGCCGGCUAAAACCUGCGUAUCUUUUAAAAUCUUAAGUCUUCCCGCGAUAAAUAUUUAUCAAGAUGAUCCCGUAAGUGAGUUUGCUCGCACUGAUAAUCAGCAAAUAUUUCGCAAAGGAAAGUCAUGUUUGUUCGCGCUACCAAAUCUCGUACUAGAAAAGCCGCUUCAUUCAUUUCCAGUGACAAUGUCAGUCUACAAAAAACUUCCGGCAGGUGUACUACCAGAUGUGAUGCACAUUGGCGCUCAUCAGCUAGAAAUUAAAGAUCUUAUGAACUCAUUGUUAAGAGAACAUGUUUUCCAAGGCCCCAAUGUUUCCAAAAAACUCAAAAAUACCUUCACAAUUGAAACAGCGACAGGACAAUUAGUAGGGAAUGUAACAGUAUUUAUACGCGCUUCAUGUUUUGGAAAAAAAAUAAUAACUCAAUUUGAAAUUCCCUUUAACAAGAAGCCGUAUUUAUUCAAAAGUCUGGAUGACAGCAGUGUCUUUGAGUGCCAGAGAAUACCAUCAAGUGCAUUAACUCCAACGCGAUUUCCUGGUGAUAAGUCUGCGAGAAAAGACAAUGGAAGAAAUAAUUAUUAUUCCCAAGUAUCAAAACCUCUUGGUCUGUUCGAAUCAUCAUACAAGCCGACGUUAAUGUUCAAUAAAACGUCAGCUAACUAACGUGGGUGUUGAGGUCAAAGUAAUUAAGCCGGAUUUAUGUUGAGUCAUUGGGUUAUAUCAGGACAGAAGGGAGCAAUAAUGAUAGAGAGCAAAAUAGGGGUUGUAGACCGCCGAUAUUGUCGCGCUUGCGCAAAUUGAAUUGUCUAGUCUGGAG